AUGGUAGACACGGACCGUCAGCCACGUCGACGCUAUUUUGGUGGCGUCUGUGCGCUGAUUGCCGUCGUUUUCAUUUGGGUCAGCUCGUCAUUUGCCAUGAAUAGCAUAUUUGGCGAUCAAGAAUACAACAAGCCGUUUCUUAUUACCUAUCUCAACACCGCCACCUUCUCCUGUUAUUUAUUGCCGCUUCUCUUUGUAAGGAAACGGUCGUCCGAGGAGUAUGCAAAAUUAAUCAUUCGUGAUUCGGAAUCCAAUAACGAGCAACAGCAACAUGGCGACAUCAACAACAGCAAACUCAGUACUACAGAGACAAUCAAGCUUAGCUUUGCUUUCUGUAUCCUUUGGUUCUGUGCCAAUUACACUACCAAUGCCAGUCUCGCUUAUACCACAGUUGGCAGCAGCACCAUCCUUUCAUCCACAUCGGGCUUGUUUACCCUUGCUAUUGGUGCCUUGUUCCAUGUCGAAAGGUUCUCGCUUGUGCGAGUGGUCGCAGUAUGUCUUAGCUUUUUAGGAGUGGUGCUGGUUUCGCAUUCGGAUACCAGUGAACCAAGUGAUGCCCCGUUGCUAGGCGACAUGUUGGCUCUUGCAGGUGCUUUCUUUUAUGGUUGCUAUACCACAUUACUCAAGCUGCGUAUUGGUGAUGAAUCCCGUAUCAACAUGCCUUUGUUCUUUGGAUUUGUGGGUGCAUUCAAUAUCCUGCUCUUGUGGCCCUUUUUCUUCAUCCUCCAUUUUACCGGUGUGGAAACCUUUCAGAUACCCCAUGGAUCAAUCCUAUGGGCUACUAUCCUCUUGAAUGCAUUCAUUGGAACGUUUUUAUCUGAUUAUCUAUGGCUUUUGGCUAUGUUAAUGACUUCACCUUUGGUGGUGACCCUUGGCAUUUCUUUAACGAUCCCGCUGGCUCUGGUUGGGGAUGUCUUAUUCAAGCAAAUUGUGCCUGGAUUGCAGUAUGCAGCAGGAGCGAUCCUUGUAUUGAUUGGAUUCUUUGCAGUGAAUACUGUAACCCUUUCUGAUGUAGAACAAGAAGCUACUUAUGCAGAUAGAACACUUGUAUCUCAGGAUGAUGAUAAUGACGAAUAA